AUGGCAGAUCUCCAGCGAUCCCUGGCGCAGAAAGACGCCGCUCUCAUCAGACUGGGGCAGAGACUCCACUCAUCCGAGCAGACUUCUUACGACGGCGUCUUCCUGUGGAAAAUCACGGACGUUCAUCAGAAAUGCUACGAAGCCAUCUGUGGCAAGGUCCACAGCUUCCAGUCGCCGGCAUUUUACACUUCCCGAUACGGUUACAAACUGUGCAUGAGGAUCUACCUGAAUGGAGAAGGCCGAGGCAGGGGAACCCACAUCUCGCUCUUCAUCGUGCUUCUCAAAGGGGACUAUGACUCUCUGCUGCCCUGGCCUUUCACGCACAAGGUAACGGAGGCCGGUGGUUGGUGUUGCCAUCAUGAAGGGAAGCUGUACCAAGGAAGAAAGGAUUCCAUUCCAUUCCACUCCCCUCUACUCUACUAUUCUGUUCUAUCCUAGUCUAUUCCAUUCCAUUCCAUU